GAGUUGAUAGUAGUUUGAUUGUGUUUGUCACUUGAUUUCAACAGGUUUCACAGAUUUCUGAUUUCAAAUUUCAAAUUCAUACAAGAUGGAUCUAGAAAGAUAAAUAGAGGACCAGUUCUCCAAGUUACACCCUUCCUUACCAGAAAACACCAGAAUUGGAAUAGUUGGUGCUGGUCCACAUGGCUUAUCAGCAGCUUAUGCACUGCCAGGCUUGGUUAUAAGAAUAUCACAGUUUUGGAGAAACAUCACACGGUUAGUGGCAUGUGUGAAUCAGUAGAAAUUGAAGGAAAAGUUUAUGAUCUAGAUGGGCAAGUUCUUGCAGCAACCAGUACACCAAUCAUUUUUCGCUUGGCAAGAGAGACAGGCUCUGCACUAGAAGAAUUGGACUCCCACAAGCUUGCUGUUAUUGACCCUUCCUCUGGAGAAUAUCAAGAUACUAAAGUUGCUGAUGAUUAUGUAUCUAUUGUGUCACUUACAUUGGAAAUCCAAGAAAAGGUGAAGAAUUGCGAUCGGAUUGGGGUCCAUGCUGUUAGUGACAUUGCUUCAGACUUAACUCCAGAAUAUCUUGAGCAUCAUGGACUCAAAUCUGUUCCUAAAUCUGUAGCUUACGGUUACACUACUUCAGGAUAUGGAUUUAUUCAAGACAUGCCUUAUGCCUACCUUCAUGAAUUUACUAGAACAUCCAUAGCUGGAAAAAUUUGACGAUUUAUAGAUGGAUAUACUAGUCUUUGGCAGAAGAUUGCUGAAUUGCUUCCUUUAAAACUUCACUGCAGCACUGAAGUAUUGGCAAACAGGCGGAACUCUGAUGGUGUCACCGUUAAUAUCAAGAGCUUAAAUCAAUUUGAAACUUUGGAAUUUGAUAAGAUCAUAAUCUCUGGUUCAUUUCCAUUAAAAUAUGAAAGAACUUACAGAUAAUUGACUUCAAUUUGUAUAGGCAUGUAGAAUUCUUACUGCUUCAUAUUUAUGCAAGGUAUUUCUUUUAUCCAGCUUGAAACCUGAUUAAACAAGUCUUGUGGCAGAGUGUGAAACAGAAGUAAUGGAUGCAAGUGACCUUGAAAAGGAUUUGUUCAGCAAAGUAGAGACAAAUGACUACUACACCACUGUUUUAAAGAUUAAAGGGCUAGAACAUUUGCCUGUUGGAUUUUAUUAUUUUAGUGAAUAUAUGAAAGAUCCUAGCACAAUUGGACAUCCAGUUGCAAUGCAGAGAUUUUAUGCUGACACUAAUAUAUUCUUAUUAUGGUCCUAUGGAAACUCUGUUGAUAUUAAGGGACCAACAGUCAUGGAGCUAGCAAUCAAGACAAUAGAAGCCAUUGGAGGAGAGGUUCAACAUGUCAUUCUUCAGCACCGUUUUAUGUAUUUUCCUCAUGUUGGCAGCCAAGUUAUUUCGUAUUUAAAAAAAAUCCAUUACUCUUUGCCAAGUAAUGACUCCACAUUUGAAGUUUUAAUGCAGAUAUGAAAGAUGAUUUUUAUGAAAAGUUGGAAUUAGAGCUUCAAGGUUCAAGGAAUACUUAUUAUGUAGGUGGACUUAUAGCGUUUGAGCUCACAGAGAGAAAUUCAUCUUAUGCCAUGGCUUUGAUCUGCAAGAACUUAGCAAAUAGGAAUGAUUUUCCAAUGUUUCCUUACACCAAGCUAAUUUGCCAUCUGUGUAUAUUUUGACAUCUCAUUGAUUUGAAAAGCCAAGAUUUUAUCGAUUUUAGAUAGUCGAGUCUUCCAAAUAGACCUACACCGAAUAGAAGCAUGUUUUAUGCAGAAUUUGUUUCCCUUGCAAGCUGAGUGCCAGAAAAAGAAUCCUAGAGAAUUAGGUGAAUUGCCAGAAGUGCAAUUUCCUGAUUUGCCUACUUUGAAUAGCUACUUUAAGCACUGGGGAACUCAUCUAAUCACUCAAAACAGGAAUCUUUAUACUUGGAUUAAUGAAGAAGGGACUCCAGUAUGCCAAAGGACCUAUGGAGAACUAUAUUUUAACUCUUCUUGCAUUGCUCAUAAUCUCCUAACAAGCCAAAAGCCAGUUAUCAAGCCAGCUGACAAGGUUCUCAUGGUCUAUGCCCCUGGUUUGGAUUUUAUUGAUGCGUUCAUUGGAUGCCUAAGAGCUAAAGUCAUACCAGUCCCCAUUCUUCCUCCAGAUCCCAUGCAAAGAAAUGGACAGGCUCUAAUUCAAAUUGAAAAUAUUGCCAAGUCAUGUAACAUUGUGGCAAUUUUAUCAACUGUAGCUUAUCACUCAGCAGUCCGUGCAGGUUUGUAGAAAAAUUUAAUCUCAUUAACUGGAAAAAAUGGGAAAUCCUCAGCUCGGUGGCCGAAUCUUCCAUGGUUGCACACUGGUACAUGGGUCAAGAACUCCAAAAGUAUGAUUGUGGAACAUCUUGAAAAACAAUGUGAACCUCAGCCAGGUGAUAUAUGUUUCUUGCAAUUUACCUCAGGUUCAACUAGUGAUGCUAAAGGAGUGAUGAUCGCUCAUGGUGGGCUAAUUCACAAUGUAAAGUUCAUGCGAACAAGAUACAAGAGCACCUCAAGGACAAUCCUAGUAAGCUGGCUCCCUCAGUAUCAUGACAUGGGGCUUAUUGGGGGACUUUUUACAUCUCUUGUUAGUGGUGGAUCUGCAGUUUUAUUUUCACCAAUGACAUUUAUCAAGAAACCACUCUUAUGGCUUGAAACUAUUAGCAAAUAUCAAGCAACUCAUAGCGCUAGACCCAACUUUGCCUUUGAGUUACUGAUUCGAAGAUUGGAGUCUGACAAGGAUAAGCUUCGGAAUUUAGACCUUUCAUCCUUGACUUUUCUUAUGGUUGCUGCUGAACCAGUGAGACAAAAGACCCUGAAAAGAUUUAUUGAGCUAACAAGUCCUUUUGGCUUAUCUGAAAAAGUGAUGGCUCCUGGAUAUGGCUUAGCAGAAGAUUGUGUGUUUGUCAGCUGUGCAUUUGGAGAACGCAAGCCAAUCAUUGUUGAUUGGCAGAGAAGAAUUUGUUGUGGAUAUGUUAAUCACGAGGAUGCGGAUGUUGAAAUUAGAAUAGUUGAUCCAGAGACUUGUGAAGAGCUUCAGGAAGAUGGAAAGGAGGGAGAAAUAUGGAUUAGUAAUCCAAGUGCAGGCAUAGGAUACUGGGGAAGGGAAGAAUUGAGUCAAAAAACUUUCAGGAAUGAACUUCAUAAUCAUCCUAGACGUAGCUACGCGAGAACUAGAGACUUGGGGCGAAUAAUAGAUCAGAAGCUAUUCAUCACUGGAAAGAUCAAGGAUCUAAUCAUCGUUGCUGGAAGAAAUAUUUACUCAGCAGAUGUUGAAAAGAUAGUUGAGACUUCAUCUGAAUUUCUUCGUCCUGGUUGCUGUGCUAUCAUUGGAGUCCCUGAGGAAAUUUUAUCAGCAAAGGGAAUUUCCAUUCCAGAUGGCUCUGAUCAGGUUAGCUUAGUUGUGAUUGCAGAAGGGAUGGAAAGACAGUGAGCAAUGAUUUGAUUGAGAAAAUUAAGACUCUGUGUGGUAGAAGAACAUGGAAUCAAUAUUGCUUCUGUCAAGUUGGUCAAGCCUAGAACCAUCAGCAAAACAACAUCAGGAAAAAUCAAGGGAUUUGAAUGUGUCAAACAGUUCACAGAUGAAACACUGAACUUGGUACCACAAGGUUCAAAAACUAUUUUGACAAAGAAGUCUUUGUUAAGGUCAUUCACUACAAGAACAUGGGGAGAAGAAAAAACACCAGGGCCACAGCAAGUAAGAGGUAGUAUACUUGCUCCUAGAAAAAGGAUCAAUAAGAAUGAAAUUGUAGAGCUCUUGAAAGGGCUUAUUUCUGAGCAGACUGGAAUCCCAGUCAACGACAUCUCAAUCACAGACAACCUGACAUCCUAUGGAAUUGACUCAAUUGGUGUGGUUAAAGCAACUCAAAAACUCUCAGAUUUCUUAGGCACUCCAGUUGCAGCUAUAGAUGUUUUCACUGCAUCCUGUAUUCUAGAAUUGGCUAACUUCUCUAAGGAUCUUCUAUCAAAGUCUCAGCCUUCUCUUUCAAGCAAUCCAUCCAAUGUUCCAGAAGCUUAGACUGAUUCUACUGAAUUGAUUGUGGAGGUAUCCAAGUCUCGCCAAUUUGGUAUCUGUGUACUUCAACUCCUAGCACUCAUUUAUGUUUCUAUCAUGCUGGUACCUCCUGCAUAUCUAUCCAUUACUACUUAUUUAAAUUUCAUCCUAAGUGCCAGUAAAUGGAUAGAUGGAUUUCCCUGGUUAAAUUACUUAAUUUUCAUGACUUUUGUACCUCUUGUUGGAUUCUUUGCAUUGCUCCUACUUGCAUUUGCAUUUCAUUAUUUGGAAGCUCUUUCUAGGGGCCAAACUAUGCCCUUACCUCUGAAAUCUCCAUCUACUCGAUGGAUUUUUGUCAAGUGGUUGGCACUAUAUAAGGCCCAAGGAAUUUCUUCUACGGUUCUGGCCGUACACCUCAGGGGAACAGUUUUUCUGAAUUACUGGUUUGAGAUUCUGGGUGCAAGGAUUGGAUCCUCAGUUUUACUCGAUACUGUUGACAUCACUGACCCAUCUUUGGUGUCAAUUGGAGAUGAAGUUGUCAUUGCUGAAGGUGUUUUGGUUCAAAUCCACGAGGUAAAGAAUGGAAUUUUAAGUUUCCAUCCUAUUAGGAUUGGGAAAUGUUCUUCCAUUGGACCUUAUGUUGUUAUCCAAAAAGGAAGUGUUAUUGAAGAAGGUGCUGAGGUACAGGCCCUGCAAAAGGUUGGACAAGACCAACAUGUGUUCAAACCUGCAAUGCUUACAAAAAAUGAAAACUACCUAUUAUCAGCAAAACUCAAUGUGAUAUCAUCCACCACUUUAUGGGAAUCUAUCUUGUUGGCUUUCUCAGCUCCCUUGCUGCAGUCAUUGCCUACUUAUUAUAUAUUUGGUUCUCCAAGCAACCUCCAUCACCCCAGCACUUCACCUUUGUUUGCAUAUAUGGUGCCUUCCAUUGGAUACCGUUUACAAUCAUUGCAUAUGCUACCCUGUUUUCUGAAGUCUCGUCAAAUCCCAUCACCUUUGCCAUUUCAUUUACCAGCGCCUACUUGCUUCAUGGUUUCAUACUCAUCAUUCUCACCACUGCUUUUACUCGUCUCCUCAAAACUAGUCAAAACCAAAGCCAAUUUAAACCCGGCUUUGAUGCCAAAUGACAACUUCCUGCCACCUUAGAUGUGCAAAGCUUCUCUCAGGAACAGAAGCCUUCUGCAUAUAUCUAUGCCUUUUAGGUGCGAAAAUUGGUGAACAUUGUUCCAUUAGAGCCAUCAACCCAGUUUCAAAUCCAGAGUUAAUGUCAAUUGGUGCUGGUGUCCAUCUUGGAGAUUUUAGCCGUGUAAUUACAGGUUUUCAUUCUUCAAGUGGAUAUGUUGGAGGAAAAAUUGAGGUUCAGGACAAUUUGGUUAGCGGGAGUCAAAGUCUAAUCCUCCCUGGUUCUCUAGUCCAAAAGAAUGUCAUUCUUGGUGCACUUUCUGUUGCUCCAAUGAAUUCUACAUUCCGAGAGGGUGGUGUCUACAUUGGCUCACAGUCCCAAGUUGUCAUAAGGAACUCCGUGAAGAAUUCUUAUGAUGAAGGGAAAGAAGAGACAGACAUGGUAAGCAAGAUAAGAGUUGGUAAUUUGGCUGCAGCAUUGCACAAAAAUGAGUCACACAAAGUGACCUUGACCAGAACAUGGUAUCAGACAUUCUUCACUCAGCCACUGCUACAAACAGUUCAAGAUUUUUAAAGAAUUCAAUAAAACUCAUUGAUAUUUAAUCAAGAUUUUUUAUGUAACUUAUAAAAAAAAACUCAUAAUAUUUAAAA